AUGCUGGAGAGCAGAGUCCUUCCCCACGUCCGCUCCUGUUUGGCCGGAUAUCCCCCAGCCCAUGGAAGGUGUUUUUGGAGGGGGAUCUCCCAGCUGUCCACCGUCCCCCUCAUCCAAGAACCCCACGCGGAGGUCGCCCCACAAACCCUGCCGCUCAGCGCCAUCCCCAGCACGGGGCGCAGCGCGUGGCUCAACCUCUUCCACUUCUGGAGAAGAAACCAGUUCCAGCGCAUGCACCACGUCAUGGAGGAGAACUUCCAGAGACUGGGGCCCAUAUACCGAGAGCGGCUCGGCUCGCACAGCAGCGUCAACAUCCUCCUCCCUCAGGACGUGGCGCGCCUCUUCCAGGCCGAGGGGGUCUUUCCUCGCAGGAUGCGGAUCGAGGCCUGGGCGGCACACAGGGACCUGCGCAACCACAAGUGUGGGGUCUUCCUGCUUAACGGCGAGGAAUGGCGCUCUGACCGCCUGGUGCUGAACAAGGAGGUGCUGAGCCUGAUGGGAGUGAGGAGAUUCCUCCCGUUUCUCGAUGAGGUCGCCCGUGACUUCUCUUCUCUUCUGAAAAGACGCAUCGACAAGAACACCCGCGGAGCGCUGACGGUGGAUCUGUACGCCGACCUCUUCCGCUUCACGCUAGAAGCGAGUAGUUACGUUUUAUACGGACAGCGUCUUGGGCUCCUGGAAGAAAAUCCCAACGCCGAGUCUCUGCGCUUUAUUGGCGCCGUGGAAACCAUGAUUAAGACCACGCUGCCGCUGCUCUUCCUGCCCACGCAGCUCAUGCGCCUGACGGAGCACCAGAUAUGGAAGGAGCACAUGAAGGCCUGGGACGUGAUUUUUGAGCAGGCCGAUAAAUGCAUCCAGAACAUUUACCAGGAAUUCUGCCUGGGGCAGGAGCGCGGAUACUCGGGGAUCAUGGCCGAGCUCUUACUCCAAGGAGAGCUUCCACUUGACUCGAUCAAAGCCAACGUCACUGAGCUGAUGGCCGGCGGCGUGGACACGACAGCCAUGCCUCUGCUCUUCACGCUCUUCGAGUUGGCUCGUAACCCUUCGGUGCAGAGAGACUUACGCGAGGAGAUACUCAGAGCGGAAACUCAGGAACCCAAAGACUUGAACCAUUUACUCAACUCUCUUCCGCUACUCAAAGGAGCGAUCAAGGAAACCUUGCGGUUGUAUCCGGUGGGGAUCACGGUGCAGAGAUACCCAACGCGGGACUUAGUUCUGCAGAAUUACCACAUCCCAGCUGGGACCCUGGUGCAGGUUGCAUUGUACCCCCUGGGCCGCAGCCCCCUGGUGUUUCGGGAUCCUCUACGUUAUGACCCAGCGCGCUGGACACGCAAAGACGACACCAACUUUAAGGCUCUGGCUUUCGGGUUUGGCUCCCGUCAGUGCAUCGGCCGCCGGAUCGCAGAGACUGAGAUAAUGCUUUUCCUAAUGCAUAUCCUGAAGAAUUUCCAGAUCGACACGGUUUGUAAAGAGGACAUGAAGACCGUCUUCGGAUUCAUCCUGAUGCCAGAGAAACCUCCCCUUCUCACAUUCCGCCCCAUUUCCAGGGCCCCGAAAACACAGAGCACCCCGAACAUGUAACGCCCACAGAUCCUCUACCCAAUCAACCCAAGGAGUCCAGCUGGCGACCUCCAGGUUCCUCCACGGCUGCGGCUUAAAAAUGGCGGCCAGGCGAACCAGAGGACUUUCGAU